UGGAUAGUGUGCAAUAAUUCUUAUCACCAAAAUUUGUAUUGUUCAUGAUCUAAACACCACUAUUGCAAUAAGUAGCUUCCAAUAUUUUCCUCCCAACCCAAUUCCAGGAAACCCUGGAAAGAUGUCCAAUUCCAAUUGGGUUUCCAACAUUUUCGUCAUUAUUAUCUGCCUUUCCAACUUCCAUCUGAUCAGUUGCAGCUCAGGACUGUCUUCGGACCCACAUAACCAACAGCAGCUAGACAGAAUUUCAAAGCUUCCUGGGCAAAAUUUUAAUGUGAGCUUUUCGCACUAUGCUGGUUACGUGAAUGUAAGUAAAGAAUCUGGGAGAUCACUAUUUUAUUGGUUCUUCGAGGCUGAUGAGGACCCUUCUUCCAAGCCUAUUGUUCUUUGGCUCAAUGGAGGGCCAGGAUGUUCAUCUGUUGCAUUUGGACUUGCUGAGGAAAUUGGGCCAUUUCAUAUUGAGAAAGAUGGGAAGACUCUUUACUUGAAUCCAUAUUCUUGGAAUAAAGCUGCGAAUUUAUUGUUUCUGGACUCUCCCGUUGGAGUUGGAUUUUCAUAUUCAAACACUUCCUCGGAUAUACUGAAUAACGGCGACAAGAGGACUGCCGCAGACAACUUAGCAUUUUUGCUAAAAUGGUUCGAACGGUUUCCACAGUACAAAGGAAGCGAAUUCUACAUAAGUGGAGAAAGCUAUGCUGGUCACUAUGUUCCUCAACUAAGCCAUGCUAUUGUCAGACACAACAACAAAAGUGGAAAUGAAAUUAUCAAUCUUAAAGGUUUCAUGGUUGGAAAUGCUUUGACCGAUGAUUUUCAUGAUCACUUAGGACUCUACCAAUUCAUGUGGUCGGUUGGUAUGAUUUCUGAUCAGACCUUCAAGAAGUUAAACAUCUUAUGCGAUUUUGGGUCAUUCAUACAUGUCCCAGAAGAGUGUGAGAAAGUUACGGAAAUUGCUGAUGAAGAAAUUGGAGAUAUUGAUAUGUAUAGCAUCUUCACUCCUACCUGCACAACUAAUGUCAGUAGUUUGAAUUAUCCUUGGAGAAAAAAGAGUAAGGUUGGUCUUCUCAGGAGGGCGUAUGAUCCUUGCACUGAACAGCAUUCAAAAGUGUACUUCAAUCUUCCUGAGGUUCAAGAAGCGCUGCAUGCUCGUAGCAAGAAUUCUCCAUUAAAAUGGGAGACUUGCAGAGACUGUCUACAUUCUCUUUACAGUGACGUGGUGUAUGAUAAUUGGAAGGAUUGCCCUAGGUCGGUUUUGGAUGUCUAUCGUGAGCUCUUACAUAUGGGACUUCGUAUAUGGAUCUUCAGUGGUGACAACGAUGCAGUAAUUCCAGUGACAUCAACUCGGUACAGUAUAGACGCUCUUAAACUUUCCACUGUUAGUCCUUGGCGGCCUUGGUAUGAUGAUGGCCAGGUUGGGGGAUGGACCCAAGAAUACGAAGGGUUGACUUUUGUAACUGUAAGAGGGGCAGGCCAUGAAGUUCCACUUCAUAAACCCAAGCAAGCUUUGACUUUAAUCAAGUCGUAUUUAAUGGGACAAUCCAUGCCGAAACUUGAACUAGUGAGUGAUCUCUAAUAUUCCUGGUGUUUUGGGGCUGAAUUGAAGCUUUGCUUUUUUCAAGCCAAAAUAAUGCUUCUUGGGUGGAGUUAUGUAAGAUGUUUGCUGAUUUUACUCUCGGCAUUCACAUUAUUUGUCAAGAACUUUUCAAGUCCUACAAUGACUACGUAUAAAAUAAAAGUCAAGGAUGGUUAUGAAUAAAAUUUGAUUAUAUUUACAAAUUGCACCCCCAACUAUGAGAUUGAGGGGUAAGUUUCUGGGAUCACAUCAGAUCGUGUUGUUUUCUUGGUGGGGUCUGGCAAAGGUGUAACUACCUUUUUGUUAAUUAAAAAGGAAAUUGUGAAAAUCUUCUAUAAGAUUCGUAUUUUGCUUUACAUUAAAGUUUAGAAAACAG